UUUCAUAAAGCGAAAACGAUCUGAGCAGGAGUCAGGAUUUGCUUCCUCCUGGGUUAUCACUGUUUAUCUCAGAGGCACACAGAGGUGAAGAUGUUGAGGAGCUUGCUGUUCACAGUGAUCUGUGGGUCAGUAGUGGCCCUUCAAGACCAAAGCCUGGACAUGCACUGGCUGAUGUGGAAGAAAAAUCACAGCAAAACUUACACCAGUGAGUUGGAGGAGUUGGGUCGGAGGGAGAUUUGGGAGAGGAACCUACGCUUGAUCACCGUGCACAACCUGGAGGCCUCUUUGGGAAUGCACACAUAUGAUUUGGGCAUGAACCAUAUGGGAGACAUGGCUAGAGAGGAGAUCCUGCAGAUGUUUGCUGGGACUCGAGUACCUCCUAACCUGACGAGGAGGUCUUCUACAUUCGUUGCCUCUUCUGGAAUUUCAGUACCAGAUUCAGUUGACUGGAGGGAAAAGGGAUACGUAACAGAGGUCAAGAACCAGGGUUCAUGUGGUUCUUGCUGGGCAUUCAGUGCUGCUGGUGCACUAGAGGGUCAGCUAAAGAGGACUACGGGUCAGGUGAAGUCUCUCAGUCCCCAGAACUUGGUGGACUGCUCUUCUAAGUAUGGAAACAAGGGUUGCAAUGGAGGUUUCAUGACUGAGGCCUUCCAGUAUGUCAUUGACAACGGUGGUAUAGAUUCUGACGAAGCCUACCCUUACACUGCAAUGGAUGGACAGUGCAGGUAUGACCAAGCACAACGUGCUGCCAAUUGUUCCAGUUAUAAUUAUGUUUCUCAGGGUGAUGAGGAGGCACUUAAGCAAGCUGUGGCCACCAUUGGACCCAUCUCUGUGGCUAUUGAUGCUACUCGCCCAAUGUUCAUCCUGUACCACAGUGGUGUUUACAGUGACCCAACCUGCACCCAGAAUGUAACAUGGGUGCUGGUUGUAGGGUAUGGCAGCCUGAAUGGAGAAGACUACUGGCUAGUGAAAAACAGCUGGGGUCCUAGAUUUGGAGAUGGAGGCUACAUCCGCAUUGCCCGCAACAAAGGCAAUAUGUGUGGCAUUGCAAAUUAUGCCUGUUACCCACUCAUGUAGCACAGAUAAUAAGAAGCAUAUUCUUAGAUUCUUUAUCACCUAUAUUUCUAUGCUUUUAAAUCAGAUGUAUUUUAUUAUUUUAUCUUUAUCUUAAAUGUUAUUAUUUUACUAAAUACAUUGAUUUUAUUCUUGAACCAACAUUUUUUUUGUACAGAAAUUGAAACUGUGGCAUGAAAACAUGAUUCUACGCCACUGAAUUUACAAGUGACUUUUUAUUAGUGCAACAUCACCACAAACAAUUUCACAUGAGGUAUCAAAGGAUUUUUCAAAAUUGGUACACAACAUCCAGUUAUGAUUGACACAUAGACUGUCAUGAUUCAAAACCUUUGGUUGGUUAGCAACAUUCAUAGGUUAACAUGAGGAGAGAAUGGCACAAUGAUCUACUGACAAAUGUCCCAAAUAAAACUGACACAAACACAA